AUGCACCACGUCCUGGUCGGCGAGUCGUGCUACACGGCUUCUGAAGUUCAGAAGCUCGUGCAGCGUAUCAACGAUCAGAGCCCUGUCAAGGUUGCCAACCUUACAGGCUCCUGGCAAUACUACCUCGACCUCGAGACCGAGGAUGCUGCCGUUCUCAGCAGUAUCAAGAAGAUUCUCGAGGCCAUUGAGGAGCCCACGAGCGCUUCAUCCGCUGGCAACAACGACAAGGCCAUCGAUAUCUACGUGAGCCCUCGAAAUGUUUCUCCAUGGAGCUCCAAGGCCACCAGCAUUGCGCUGGUCUGUGACCUCAAGACCGUCAACCGCAUCGAACGAGGCCGAGUCAUCCACAUCGAAUUUGAGGAUUCCUUCAAGGGGGAGGAGGACCUUGUCUUCCGCGACGUCCUUCAUGAUCGCAUGACGGAAUUCUUCAGCCUUUCGCCUCCCGUUCUCGACACCAUGUUCGCUCAUGGCACCCGAAACCCGCUUGUCGUGGUUGAUAUCUUUUCCGACGAACGAGGCCCUCUGGCUGCCCUCCAGGACCAUAACAAGCAGGCCGGUCUUGGCCUUGAUCAGCCCAACAUGGAGUACCUGGUCAAGCAGUACACUGCGCUCGGUCGAUCUCCUAACGACGUUGAGCUGUUCAUGUUUGCGCAGGUCAACUCCGAGCAUUGCAGACAUCACGUCUUUAAUGCCUCGUGGACCAUUGACGGUGUCACUCAAGAUAACAGUCUCUUUGGCAUGAUCAAGAACACCCACAAAUCAAACCCUGAAUACGUCAUCAGUGCCUACUCGGACAACGCGGCUGUUCUGUCUGGUGACGAGGGUAAUUACUGGGCUCCGGACUAUUCCACCGGAAGCUGGAAGCUUACCCGUGAGGUUGUUCAACCUCUUAUCAAGGUUGAAACUCACAACCACCCAACAGCCAUCUCACCCUUCCCAGGUGCUGCAACCGGUAGCGGUGGUGAGAUUCGUGACGAGGGUGCUGUCGGACGAGGAUCCUCCCCCAAGGCUGGACUGGCUGGUUUCUGGGUUUCGGAUCUGCUGAUUCCCGGCCACAAGAGGCCUUGGGAGCUUGACAUUGGUCGUCCCUCUCACUACGCUUCCAGUCUCGACAUCAUGCUGGAGGCCCCCAUUGGAUCCGCUCGCUUCAACAACGAGUUCGGCCGCCCCGCACUGACUGGUACUUUCAGGACACUCCUUACCAAUGAGCCUGGAUCCGAAGCCACUGAUUUCAGAGGAUACCACAAGCCUAUCAUGAUCGCUGGUGGUAUCGGCAGCGUACGACCUCAGCAUGCCCUCAAAGAGGAGAGCCACGUUGAAGAGGGUGCUCAUGUUAUCGUUCUCGGUGGCCCUGCUAUGCUGAUUGGUCUUGGUGGUGGUGCUGCCUCAUCCAACGCCGGCAGCGAAGCCACAGCGGAUCUUGACUUCGACAGUGUCCAGCGUGGCAACCCUGAGAUGGAACGUCGCGCUCAAAUGGUCAUCAACACUUGCGUUGCUCUUGGACCCGAGAGUCCCAUUGCCUUCAUCCAUGACGUCGGUGCCGGUGGUCUGUCCAACGCUCUACCUGAACUUGUCAAGGAUGCCGGUUUUGGCGGCAAGUUUGAGCUUCGACAAGUCGAGAGCGCUGACAACUCCAUGUCUCCUCUGCAGAUCUGGUGCAAUGAAUCUCAGGAGCGAUACGUUCUCCUUGUUAACAGAGAUGGCCUCAACCGCUUCACCAGCAUUUGUCGACGAGAGCGAUGUGGUUUCUCUGUAGUCGGAACUGCCGUUACUAAGGACGAGAGUGGUGUUUCCAAGCUUGUCCUGACCGACCGCGAGCCUACAGUCCAACCACCAAUCGAUCCCAUCAACCUUCCCAUGGAUGUUCUUUUCCCUCCUGGACGACGAAUUUCCAAGGAUGUCCAGCGCGUUCAGAAGAACCUUCGCCCCUUUGAUGCCGUCAAGAGCCUCACUGAGCAGUGUGGCAGCUCCGACAUCGGCGAGAUGGUCACCAAAGCUACCGAGCUUGUUUUCAACCUCCCUUCAGUUGGAUCAAAGAACUUCCUCAUUACUAUCGGCGACCGUACCGUUGGUGGUCUGUCCGUUCGAGAUCAGCUCGUUGGCCCUUGGCAGACUCCAGUUGCUGAUGUCGCUGUCACCCUUACCAGCUUCAGUCUUGAUGACAAGAAGCGACGUGGUGAAGCCAUGGCAAUGGGUGAGAAGCCUAACCUGGCCCUUAUCUCGGCUGCUGCCUCCGCUCGUAUGGCCGUUGUUGAGAGUUUGAUGAACCUCGGCGCUGCUGAUAUCAAGCCUGGUCCUGUAAAUGGUGAUCUGAAGCGCGUCAAGCUCUCUGCCAACUGGAUGGCCGCUGUUGGCCACCCUGGUGAGGGUGCUGCUCUUUACGAUGCUGUUGAGGCCAUUGGAAUGGAUCUCUGCCCUCAGCUCGGUGUUUCUAUCCCUGUCGGGAAGGACUCUUUGUCCAUGAAAGCCUCCUGGAAGGACAAGAAGACCUCCGACUCUCACACUGUCACUGCCCCUGUAUCGCUGGUUAUCUCCGCGUUCAGUUUGGUCGAGGAUGUCCGCAGCACCUGGACACCUCAGCUUCGCCGUGUUGAGGAGGUUGGCGAGUCUGUGCUGAUUUUUGUUGAUCUUGCCCAGGGCUUCCAUGCUAUGGGUGGCUCUGCCCUUGCUCAGACUCUUGGCCAGAUUGGAGAUGAGUCUCCUGAUGUCCGGGACGUCCAAAUCAUUCGCGACUACUUCGAUGCUUUGUGGCAACUUCACCAGGAGAACAUCGUUCUUGCCUACCACGACCGAUCCGACGGUGGUUUGCUCACUACUGUUGCCGAGAUGAUGUUUGCUGGCCGGGUUGGCGCCGACAUCUCACUUGAUACUCUCGUUGAAUCGGAAGGCAACGUGCUCGACGCUCUCUUCAAUGAAGAAUUGGGCGCUGUUUUCCAAAUCUGCCGAGGUGAUGAGACAAAGUUCAAGAGAUGCUUCGCCACUUGUGGUCCUCCUCACGGUAUGCUCAAGACUAUUGGCUACGUUCGUCCUACCAGCAAGCAGUCGCUUCUGGUCAAGUACAAGUCCAAGACCAUUGUCGAUCUGGAGCGCGCCAAGAUCCAGCAGUGGUGGACCAGUACUUCUUACGAGAUGCAGAAGCUGCGAGACAAUCCUGACUGUGCCAACUCUGAGUUCGAUACUAUUCAGGACAACAAGGAUCCUGGUCUGCACUACAGGCUUAGGUUUGAUCCCGCUGAUGUCAGCGUGCCUGCUAUGAUCAGCCUCAAGAGCCUGGUCAAGAAGCCCAGAGUUGCCAUUCUCCGAGAGCAAGGUGUCAACGGCUACGCUGAAAUGGCAUUUGCCUUCCGAGCUGCUGGUUUCGACGCUGUUGAUGUUCAUAUGUCUGACAUCCUUGGCGGUCUCUCCUUGGAGGGAUUCCGAGGUCUUGCUGCCUGUGGUGGCUUCUCCUACGGUGAUGUUCUUGGCGCCGGUAACGGUUGGGCGCAGUCCAUUCUGAUGCACGAUGGUGCUCGCAAGAUAUUUGAGGCUUUCUUCAACCGUCCCGACACCUUCUCAUUCGGUGUUUGCAACGGUUGCCAGAUGCUGACUCGACUCAAGGAGUUGAUUCCUGGAGCCGACCACUGGCCAACGUUCGUUGAAAACACCAGCACACAAUUCGAGGGUCGAUACUCAAUGGUUACCAUUGAAGACAAGUUCGAGAACUCAGUCUUCUUCAACGGCUUGAAUGGCUCCUCACUCCCCAUCGUCGUUUCUCACGGUGAGGGCCGAGCCGAGUUCUCCGGUAGCGACCUGUCGUCCAUUAACGACUCGGGUCUCAUUCCCCUUCGAUACAUCGACAACUACGGUUCCGUCACUGAGAAAUACCCCUUCAACCCUAACGGCAGCCCCCAGGGUAUUGCUGGUGUGAAGAGCAUGGACGGCCGAGUCGUUGCUAUGAUGCCUCACCCUGAGCGAACCAUCAUGGCUGAUGUUGGCUCGUGGAAGCCUGAACGCCAGUUGGCCGAAUGGGGUCAAUACGGUCCUUGGUUCCAGCUGUUCUUGAACGCACGCAAGUGGGUUGGUUAA